AGAGUCACUUGUUAUUCUUUCUACUAUAUAUAUUCUGCUCACUCGGCCUUUUAGGCAAAAACCAUAACGUUGCUUAAUACCUUUCUAGCUUUUUAUCUCAAAGGCUAAAAUGUUUACUUACGCUUCCUUCUUCAAAAUUCUCUUCUUCUUCUUCUUUCGUUUCCUCUUUAGACAAUUUCGGAAGCCAAAAGUUCUUCGUAGGAGUUUUAGCAAUCUCCACUCAACUCAGAGUAAAUAUCAAAAGUAUCAUUCUCUUGUUCAUAGGUCUGACCUAUCAAACAAAACUUUGAUAUUCAAUGUGGAAGGAACUCUCUUGAAAUCCACUUCUUUGUUUCCUUAUUUUAUGCUUGUGGCAUUUGAAGCUGGAAGCAUUUUAAGGGCUUUUCUUCUCUUUACUUUGUACCCAUUCAUUUGUUUGGUGGGUGACGAUAUGGGCUUAAAGAUAAUGGUCAUGGUCUCCUUCUUUGGUAUAAAGAAAGAGAGCUUUAGAGUUGGAAGAGCUGUUUUGCCCAAGUUCUUCUUGGAGGAUGUUGGGUUAGAAGCAUUUCAAGUGUUGAAAAGAGGUGGGAGAAAGGUGGCAGUGAGCGAUUUUCCUCAAGUGAUGAUUGAGAGUUUCCUUACAGAUUAUUUAGAGAUUGAUUGUGUUAUUGGAAGAGAGCUGAAGUCGCUUAAUGGGUAUUUUGUGGGGCUCAUGGAAGAGAAAAAGAAAGAUAUCCAAGCUAUAGAGAAGACACUUGGAGUUGGAGAGGACAAGACAACUAAUCAAGAUGUUGUUGGCAUUGGUUGCUUUAACAGAUCUCUCGCUCAUCACCUGUUCUCUCAUUGCAAGGAAAUUUACCUGGUCAGAAAAGCAGAUAAGAGAAGCUGGCAAUAUCUAAAAAGAGACGAGUAUCCCAACCCACUUAUCUUCCACGAUGGUCGACUGGCUUUUAGACCGACCCCACUAGCUACCUUGGCAUUCUUCAUAUGGGUCCCUUUUGGUUUUCUCCUUGCAGUAUUCAGGGCUUUUGUUGCCUUAACUCUCCCCUACGGGAUAUCCAUCCCCAUCUUAUUGUUAUGUGGAGUUCGUUGCACUGUAUCAAAACCCAGAAAUUCCCGUUAUUCCCCUACAACCCCAAAUGAUGAUAAGCCCAAAAAAGGCCUCCUUUAUGUUUGCAACCACAGAACAUUGCUAGAUCCUCUGUAUCUUUCUUUCUCGUUGAAGAAAGAUUUCACUGCAGUCACAUACAGUCUCAGUAGGAUGUCGGAGAUACUAUCGCCAAUAAGAACCGUCCGAUUAACGCGCAACCGUGAUCAAGAUGGGAAGAUGAUGGAGAAACUAUUAAGUCAAGGUGAUCUUGUUGUGUGCCCAGAAGGGACAACGUGUAGAGAGCCAUUUCUGUUGAGGUUUAGCCCUCUAUUUGCAGAGAUGAGUGAUAAAAUAAUUCCUGUUGCUUUGAACACCCAUGUGAGCAUGUUUUAUGGCACAACAGCAAGUGGGCUAAAGUGCCUAGAUCCACUCUUCUUUCUCAUGAACCCUCUACCUAGUUAUACUGUGCAGUUGCUUGAGGGUGUGUCUGGGCUUUCCAAGUGUGAUGAAGGUGAUCAGAGAUCAAGAUUUGAUGUUGCCAACUACGUGCAGAGUGAGAUUGGCAAAACACUGGGCUUCCAAUGUACCAAGCUUACUAGAAAAGACAAAUACGUGAUCUUGGCUGGGAAUGACGGCUCAACUUCUUCUUCUUCUUCUUCUUCUUCCGCUGUCAAGCGCUAAUAUGCUCAAACACACGUCCAAAAUGUGUCGGGCGGAGACAAGAACAUUGCAAGUCUGCUUCUCACUUACUUUUCUUUAAUUUGGCGAUGUGGGCAGAUGGUACAUAGCAUUUUUUUUGUUUUAUUAUAAAUAUAUAUUAUUUU